AUGGCACUGCCAGACUGCUGUGAGCAGCGAGGGGAAGAUGGCGAGACUGGGCCAGGCCAUGAGUCCACCAUUGGGCUUGGGAUGGGGAGAUUGGCUGAGCCUGCGGGCACCGUGCAGGCAUGGGAUAAUGGGCAGGGGUUAUACCCACACCAGGUGUUGGCGCACAUCAAUGGGGCCACAACAAGCCAAGAUGGAGUGUCCCUGGUCUACCCCAGGCCCUCCCGGAAUGUGUCCCUGCGGCUGCAGGGCCUCCGGGAGAAAGAUUCCGGGUCCUACCGCUGCUCUGUGAACGUGCAAGACAAGCAAGGCACAAGCAGGGGCCACGACAGCAAAACUUUAAAACUUGACGUGUGGGUUCCUCCAGCUCCUCCAUCCUGCCAUCUUCUGGGUGCGCCCCGUGUGGGGACCAAUGUGACCCUGAGCUGCAAGUCCCCAAGGAGUAAGCCCGCUGCCCUGUACCAGUGGGAGCGGUUACAACCAUCUGUUGAGGUUUUCUUUGCACCAGUUUUAGAUGAGGUGUCCGGUCAGCUCAUUCUCACCAAUCUCUCCCGGGCCUCCUCGGGCACCUACCGCUGUGUGGCCACCAACCAGAUGGGCAGCGCCUCCUGCGAGCUGACCUUGUCUGUCACUGACCCUUCCAAAGGCCGAAUGGCCGGGGCGGUGAUCGGAGUGCUCCUGGGCGUGCUGAUCCUGUCCGUCGCCGUAUUCUGCCUCAUGAGAUUCCAGAAAGAGCGGAGGAAGAGGCCGAAGGAGACUUACGGGGGUAGUGACCUUCGAGAGGACGCCACCGCUCCUGGGAUUUCGGAGCAAACCUCUGGGAUGACCGAUCCUAGCGAUGGGCUCCUGGAGAAGCCCCCCUCUGCCGCCUCUGUGAAGACCACCAAGUCCAAGCUCCCUGUGGUCGUCUGACUUCCCCGCCCAUCACCGAGGGGGAACACCCACAAUUAAAGCCUCCGGGUACCA